UUUAAACCGCAAAUACCUGCCUUAUAACAUUGUUCUGCGCAAAUCAUAAUAACUUAUUGAUUGAAAUCUAGAUGUUUUAUUAAUACACUCAUUGAUUUCCACUUACUCAUCAAGAAACUCUUACACAUUUCUAUUCAAACAAAAAAAAAAGUUUAAAUUAAAAGUUAAUUUCUUUUAUAAAUCUGGUUAAAAUGACUUUGUUAAAUUCAUUUUAAUACUUAUAAAGUAUGUAAGUAUAAAAAAGUGAAAUAUAAAUGAAAGAGAAGAUAAUUGCACUCAUCUCUUGUGAAAAUAAUGAAAAUCAAAGAAAGUUAAUUUCAGAAGUUACAAUUUAUGUGGAUGUUUUUAAAGAUGAAAAAAAUAUUGACAAAGAUGAUAAUAAUUUGUUACGAAAACACACAUGUAAAUCAUCUCUAAGUGAUUUAAUAGGUUUUGAUUCAGUUCUAAAUGAAAAGUUUUUUUCUUGGAUGUUUUCUCGUCGAUAUGGGUGGGCAGAAAAUUAUGAUACACAAGAAGAUAAAAAAUCACCUGAGUCGAGUAAAAGUACUUCCUACCAACAAGAUUUAAACAUUGAAAUUGACAAGCUACUGGGUUGGAUUGAAUACCAUCAGCAUUUGUCAUACUACCUUCUUUGUGGUUACAAGCAUGUACUAGUAUCAAAUUCCACAUCUCCUAUUGUAAGAAAACAUUUAAUGUUGAGUUUGUUUCGAUGGUUAAAAAAUCUUUCAAUAAAGUAUGUUUUAGUGACUGAAAAAUGUUUUGUUCUCUUGAGGGAUAUCAUAGUAAUCGGAUUAACAGAUGUUUGGUCAGUUAUUCGUAAAGAUACAUCUUCAAGAUUAGCUAUAUUGUUACAAAUAAUCACUUUAGAACAAUUAAAAAAUUUGUUUACUACACUUACAGAGGUUUGUCGAAACGAAAAAACGAAGUGGCAAAAUGAACCAAAUUGGCAGGCUUCUGAUGGUGCUAUAAAAGGGAUUGAAAAAAUUCUUUCCAGUUGUGAAUGGGAGGCAGCAUCAAAUACAAAAACAGUUGAUUCAUCAUCUUCAGUUUUAAUCAAGAUUGGAAGAAUGUAUUUUGAUUCAUUACCAAGUUUCAUGCGUGAUGGAUUAGAAGGUAUUUUGUUUACAUUAUUUUCAAACUCUCAACUUAGCAUAAGAGAGACUGCUGGAAAAGCGUUGUCUAUCUUGCUCAAUAAAUCGGAUUUAAAUCAUUUUGUCGAAUCAUUUGAAAGAGUUGUGAAUCAUUUAGCAUUUUAUGUAAAAGAGAUUGAAACUCAAGCUAAUUUUAUGAAUCCUUAUGAAGCUGAAGGGUUUAUGAAUGUUUUAUUGUUUCUUAUCAAGAGUGUCCCCCUAUUGCAUUUGUUAUCAAAAUGGCAUUAUUAUUGGUCAAUAUUUUCCCACUAUUUAAGCCAUCCUGCAUCUACAGUACGUCAAGCUGCCAGUUCUCUUUUCAAAUAUCUUGUGAGCAAAGAGCAAUCAUCCCCUUGUUUGCCUAAAAUUAUUCUUCAAAGCUUAUGCAGUGGUUGGAAAAGUAAUACAGAUUUACUGGUACAACCGAUCCAUAAUUUAGAAAAAGAUCGAAUAAGUAUUCUGCAUGCAAAUAAAAUGUCAGAGCUGCAACUAACAUGGGAAUGGCGCGAGGGACGAUUGUUCGCAUAUGAACUGGUAUUAAUGUCAUUAAUUACAAAUCAUAAGUAUUUUAAUCUUUCAUCAAAGACUUCUUCACCCAGGUUAAGCUCAUCUGUUAAUGAAACAUUAGUCAAAAAGUUGUCACCACCUGUUUCAAGAGCUAAUGGUCAUAAUAAACUCUCCAAAUCACUUACUGUUUCAGGACUUUGGCACACCAAACAAAAGUUCAACAAUCCUGAAAGACCUGAAAUACCAUCACAGUUAACAAAAAUAUUAAAAGAGCCUCAUUCUGAUGUUGUUCUGUUAGAAGAGAAUAUCAAAGUAGUGAAUUUUACAGAAUUACCAGAUGGCGUAAGCAGUAAAGCAUAUUUAAUGGAUCAAGUUUCAUUAAACUGGUUAGAGAAACAAGAAUGUGUUUCUUUUAGAGUUAUCAUAAAACAGAUUUUACUGCAAUGCGUUGAAUGUUUAGUAGACUCACGUUGGGAACUUAGAAGAAUGGCAUUGCAGUUGAUUCCUGUAAUAAUCAAAGUGUUUCAACAAGUCUACAAAAGUUUUUUAAUUGAACUUUUUAAUGUUUCAAUAGUAAAUUCUCCUCUCUACUAUGGCUCAUGUUUGUGUCUUUUUCAUUUGCUAAAUAUUUCUAUUAAAGACAAAAAAAAUAGCUUUGAAUCUGGACUUACCAAGUUUUUAGAUGGUUAUGAAGAUUGUGACAGUUUAAUGGACAUGUGUGAAAAAGUGGCAGAGAAUUUAUCAUUAUGCUUCCAUAAGGAAACAUCAGAUAUAUCUAUAUCUUUGCUUGUACUUUUUUCAAGCUGCUCUGAUGAACCUAUAUCUGGAGUUAUCCAUCAGGCUAUAAGCAAUCAUUUUUACAAAUGUUACAGAAAUAUUUCUAGUGAGAGUUUGUCAGAGGAUGAAAAGUUUGAAGAAAAAAAGAAACUUGUGGAUACUUUGUGUUCUUGUCAAAGUUACUUGGUAGAUUAUUGUUCAUGUGGAGACACUAAUUAUACGAUACUACUGCUACCAGUGUUUUUUAUGGCUUUAUUGCAUGUGAAAAAUGAUGCUUUAGAUGUUUCUGCUAUACUAAUAAGCUGUGAAAAGAUAUUAAAGAACAUUGAUUCAAAUACAUGUGAAACAAACACAGAUUUACUGCAAUCAUGUGAAAUAAUUGGACUUCUUUUUGACAGAUACAUUCAUGAGGCACCAUAUUUAGUUUAUCUAUUUAAAGUUACAUACUCUCUACAGCUUGUGAUGAAGCAACACUUUCCUCUCAAAAAUCUAAAAGAUGUGUUACAAUCCAAGCUUUUAUUAAUUGAUAGUGGUACGUUGUUAAGUUCACCAUAUAAAACUCGCAACAGAAAUGGAAUAACAGAUAAUAUUUUACCAGUUAAUUAUAAUUUAAAAAGUACUCAGCUUUCUGAUUCUGUUGAAUUUUCUGGAGAAAGUGAUGGCGAUGAUUGGGAUUGGAGUAGUGAUGAAGAAAAGGGAAAUGAUUCCUCAAAGGAUGCACUUUCAGAAUUUUUAAAAAAACUAACUGAAACCCAAGGAACAUUUACUUAACACAUAAUUUAUUGACGUUAUUUAUGAUAAAUAAAAAGUUUUGUUUAUAUUUAAUAUAUAAAUUUGUAUUCGUUUUA